AUGGAUUAUUAUGAAGAAAAUAGUAAAGAAGAGUGGUACCAGAACCUAAGUAGCUGGAAAAACAGAAGGAAAUCCAAUUCUAAAACCUCUCUAAGAACAUUCGAGAUGGAAAACGAGGCCAAUGAUGACGUCACAGCGAUAGGAAAUCCUGAUAAUGAUGAUGAAGUGGCCGUCCGUCGUGAUGAUGAUGAUGAGGAGGAGGUAGAGGAGAAGGCUGGUCACGCUAUUAAGAAGAGAAAGUUUCGCAAUUACAAAUGGAACAAAUAUCCAACGAACGACGACGAUGAUGACGUCAUAAAUGACGCCACCAACGAUGUUGAUGAUGAUGUCGUUACUGGGGGUGGUGGUGGUGAUAAUGAUCGUUAUGGUGAUGGGAGGAGAAGGAAUCCCGAUCGAGAUGGAAAAAUACUACAUCAACAUCAGCCGAAACAUCAACAACAACAUCAACAACAACAACAACAUCAUCAACAACAACAACAUCAACAACAACUACAUCAGCAGCAGCAGCUGCUGCUGCAGCAACAACGGCAGCAACAGCCGAUUUUGAAAACGAUAAAAAUCAGCCAAAGGGCAUCGAACUCCAGAGGAUUCGGUUUCGAAAUUUCACGAAACGAAAAGACGGAAAAAAUUUUCGUCUCAAAAGUCUCGAGAGGUAGUAGCGCUGACAUUUGCGACGUCCGUCGCGGUGACGUCAUAACGUCCGUCAAUGGCGUAGAUAUUGGCGGCCAUUUUGUUGAGUCCGUUCGUCACGUGAUAACCACUUCCGUCGAGAAAGGGACCAUAGAAAUGAAAUUGUUUCAUGUGUUCAUGGGGUUAUAG